AUGUUUUCCUUGGUUCUCGUCUUAGCCCUGACUUGCGUUUCUCUACAACGCCGCUUGAGCCUGCAUGCACUAUGCUUCGAACCACUGGAUCGCGGUGAUUCGAACUGCGAGAAUCCCGAGAAAGGUAUACGGUGGUACUUUGAUGAGGAGCUGCACGAAUGUUUUGAAUAUCUCUAUGAAGGAUGUGGAGGUGGACGGAAUACUUUCAACACCAGACAAGAUUGUGCUUUAAAUUGUCUCCCCGCUGAUGCCCACCAUUGUCCUUUCAAUGUGAGAAGCACCGGCACAUGCAGAAGAGACAGGAAAUGUCCGGCGGGAAGCACCUGCAGCAUGGGUCAAUUUUUCGGUAUAUGCUGCGACGACAAAAAUAGAGAAUUAUGGAUUGAAGAGACUAAUCCUAAAUGUGAGGAAGGCAGCAGUCUUUCGAUGAGAACUGCUUGGCAUGGAAAGGAACCGCGACUUGGCAGGAAUUGUUCUCACAAGUUCUGUCCGGACGGCUAUGAAUGCGUGCAGACAAAGCAUUUUGCACACUGCUGUUCGAAAUCCAGCAAAUAG